AUGGCCCUUUGGGUGUCCUUUUCAAGCGACGAAGAAGAGCGCAAGUCCUUCCGGGCCAAGGGCAUACCAGUCAUCUUUCAGGAUGAGUAUGAGGAGAAGCCCGAAAUCGGCAACAAGAGCCCCGUAAUACUCAAAGACGAGAAGCCACCGCUGCUGCCACCGCUGCUGCCACCGUCCUACAAUACCUCAAAUAUGAAUGGCGACAAUGAUGUGGAUGAGUAUGUGCCACCGCCGGCUGUUGUAGUCGGCGGUCGGGAGGUGCGAGGGAAGUCACCCGCCACGCCCUCUUAUCGCAAGCCACCGCCAUAUGUAUCGCCAUAAAUCAUUGUCAAGAAUCAGCAGCAAACGAAGCCGCAA